ACAAGCUCGCCUCUCAUUCCGUUGGCAACCGCGCGUGCGUACGGACUCACCAUGGGGAAAGACGAGCUUAUCAAAAACACUCUCUAUGUUAUGAACAUCAUUUACGCGGUGUUCGGGCUAGUGACCGCCGCGACCGGGAUCUGGUUCUUUGUGCAGUUGACCGAGUUUGUCAGCCUCAGGAAUAGCAACCAUUACCUGUUGGACUACCGGGUGUACUGGCCUCAGGUCGCGCCAUGGCUCUUCAUCCUGCUCGGACUGUUCGUUAUGAUGGUGGCCUUCUGCGGCUGGUGCGGCACCAACCGCGAGAGCCGCGGCAUGCUCGGCAUCUACGGCCUCUUCAUGAUCCUCAUUGUUGUCGGACAAGUGAUCGCAGCCACCCUCAUCUUCGUGUACGUCGACGGUGAAGACACGGACAGAUUCAUCAAGGAUACAGUGUACGAUGGAUACUACAACUCGCAGUCCAACCCUGACGUCUUCAAGCAGUUCGGAAGGAUCGAGAGGAAGCUGAGGUGCUGUGGAGCCAACGACGCGAGAGACUACAGGAGUUGGAGGAACGACCUGCCGCUGACAUGCUGCUUGGACAGCUACUACCGCGCGACCUGCGACUUCACCGACAAGGAAGCGAACGAACGACUCGGAUGUGCUAAAGUGGCGUCAGUUUACACCAAAAUCAUCAGCUCUUCGGUCGCGGGAGCCUCUCUCCUGAUCUCGCUCGUGGAGAUAACCGGUGUAGUGCUCGCGUGGAAACUGUUCCACUCGCUGCGGGAAGUGGAACACUAUAUCACGGAGAGGAAGGAAGGUGAGACGGAGUGCUAGGUCCUGUGCCACAGUAUUAUACCGACCGAUGCCGCGACACGCUAGGUACGAGACUUUAACGACCCGAUACCGACUCUCGCGACCUGAAGUAACUUUCCCUUUCUAAGUUCCCUUCUUUCACGGUACUUCUCAUAUCUAUCUACUUUUAAGAUGAAGUUCGUUUCCUUGCCAAAGGAAAGCCUGAAACCUUUAUUCUUAUAGAUCUGAUUAAAAUACAUUCCAUCGGUUAUUCGGUUAGGUUAAUUUGCUUUAAUCAAGCAAUCUCAUAGUUUAAUUUGUGUUGAUUGUCGCCCGCCAGACUUAGGUCAAAGUUUAUAUUAAGAUGGUAUUAUUCGAGCGAGUGGGCCUAAUCAGUUGUUUCCUUCUUAACUCAAUGAAUCAUAAUAGGUACCUGCACUGACUCACAUGGACCUCAUUGUACCUAAGACGUGGUGAAUCUGGCCUCGCCCCCACCAAGUGUCUCCGACACACACGAUUAACGUAAUGUUAGGUAUUCAUAGCUCGGUAUGUAAGUUUCGUAAGUUAUAUUUCGCGUUGAUAGACGUCCAUGGACGGCUGGAGAUUGUUCGUUGGUAGAAGGUCGUCUAUGAGAAAAAUGUGACCUCAAAUGAGCUCGUGGUGACGAGCUGGCGGCAGCUACUCGCUGUUGAGGCGUGCUGAGGCCGCGGCGUUGUGUAACGUGUAGUAGGAGUGCCGUAAUGGCCCCGUUUGUGUUUGUCGUUCGGAAUGGUGAGUCUGUUCGCUAUGGUCCAUCGGUGUAUGCCAAUUUUUACGCAAGACGUAUUGUGUGUAUCAAGUAUGCUCAGCCGAACAUAUGUUAAUUUAUUACGAAACAGAUUUCACAAUUUUUAUAAACGUGUUUCUCAAGUAGAAGUAAAUAAUGUGCCAACAUUGGUGUUCUUACCUUAUUAUAAUCACAAGAGAUAUAUAUUGUUUUGUAUCGAGUUUUAAUGAUAGAGUUUUAACUUUAUAAGUAAGUUUUGGAACGAAUGUCCGUCCUUUAUAUGAAGCCAUAUUUAAAAUAUAUUUUUUAACAUAUACAUGUAUUUUAAUAGAUGUCCAAUUGCCAAAGAAAGUAUAGGUACAAACUUUCGAGAAAAAAAAAGAAAAUAUAUUGCAUGCAAAAAAAAAAUCUAUCAUUUUAUAGGUAAGUAAGUAACCCCAACCAUUAUUACUGUAAUAAUUAUUAGCUGAUAUUUAUAAGUUAUUUUCAUACUUUAAAUAAAUAAUAAUAAUGUAUUAUUAAGUCGAGACUAGUCUUAAGUCGUUUCGUUUGUAAUAAAAUAAAUGUUUAAAUAUUUAGAAGAAAA